AUGACAACCGAUGAUCUUGCGUCAUGUGACUGUGACGUUUACAGACGGAUUCAUAAAUGGUCUGACGACGAUGCUAAACUCACAAGGGUUUAUUCAACCUCCACGAAGCCACCAUCACAUACAACGACAUCUCACACUACCUACGUCACGCGUCCAACGACGGUUACUCCUAUUUAUUUAUCAAAAGUGUCAUCGCUGAUUUUCCCAGCAUCCUCUACAACUACAAACGUCCUAGAUAAUCAUCGAAUGACAAAGGAGCCAGGAAGACUUGCCUCGUCAUCAACGUCAACGACGACGCGGUCAACGACAACAUCAACAACACCGUCUACGUUGUUUUGGUCUUCAUCCACGACACCCUCAUCGUACACUAUAGGAACAUUUUCAUCGUCGUCAUCGACGACGCCGCUUUCCACUUUUGCUUAUUUUACGUAUACUAAACUGAGGCUGAUGUCAUCAUCACGUGGUGUAAUUGCAACAAGGAUGCUUUCAACGUCAACAAGUAGGCCGACAAGAGAAUACACAUCAACAACAGAGAGAACGAGGAUGACGACAACUACAAAUAGUCUUUUACCGUUUCGAAUGAAAGAAGACAAACAUGUAAACGAUAAAAUAUCCUCAAAAAACAAUAAGAAAUUAUCCGCAAAAUGUAUAGAAUUUUGCCGAGCAAGAACUACAAAUUUCCUAUCCAAAUUAGCAAACAACCCAGGCGAUCCUAACGACCUCUAUCGGGAAAACGUAAUUGACGAAGUACCGAUAUCGGUUGAUUUAAUACUAGUGGUGACUGCAGAUUACUCUCUGGAACUGAACGAGCCUACCUCUGCUGUAUACAAAUAUGUGGUUACAAGCUUAAACGACUUGCUUGUGACUGUGUAUAACUCAACGAGAGGAUUUCAGAGGUUGACGAUUCGGAGAUUAAGGAAGGGCAGUAUUAUCUGUGAGUAUACUAUCAGCUUAAUCCUGAAAGGUAAUGGAUCGGUGUCCGAAAGUGUACUGGAGUCUUUAUAUGACGUGGAAUGGCAACAUGCCUAUCUACCUGAGAACAUUGGUAAAAUAAAUAUUUCUGCAACUCGGACACUUCAAGGGAGACAACUCCAAGUAGUUGCCCAGCAAUUCCAGAACAUGUGUUCACUAUUCGGACAUGAAUGUAAAAAGCAAGGACGAAUAUGUCUUAAUGAUCAACAUAGAGGUCAAUCGGUGUGUGUCAUUCCAUGCAGUGCUAGACAAAGAGGAGAUGCUGAAGUAUCGUGCCUCGGUGGUAGGUGCGUCUUAGACGACUCCGGACAACCUAAGUGUGUCUGUGAUUCUGGGAACACGUGUGAGACAAAGUCUGCCCUGCCAGCUCUGUUGGUUUUGUCAUCCAUAGGAGCAGGGAUGGGAAUGCUGCUUUCCCUACUGAUUGGACUGACUAUAUACUUCUACUCUAAACACAGAUAUAAAUCUGCCUCCGGGAAACGAUUUCCAGAACAACAUUACGGAGAAAACAUAAAAAUAAGUGUUAUUGAAGACCUAAAAGCAACAAAUUGUUAUAUCUGA